AUGGCGUGGAACAACGAAUCAAUGUGCUGGGGGCCCCCAAUGAUCAACCCAUGCCGACCAGCCGCCCAGAGCCGAAACAUCAUUGAGCAAAUCAACACAGCUCCAGAUGACACCAUUCGAGCCAUCCUCCGUUAUCUUACGGGAGAUUAUGAUACGAGAUUCAUGAUUGAAACCCUCCUCCCGAAACUUCCACUUGACGAAUCCGAGAUGCGGACUCACGAGGACGAGAGCAGUAGGAAGCGGAAAGCCGACACUCACACACCCGAAGAUCAAAACCCAAAGAAAAGAAAGCUGGAGAUCUGUCUCCAGUGUGAUGAGGCUUUUGAAGAGGGUGACACAUCUGCAUCGUGCCGAUAUCAUACCUCGAUACAAUUCGAUCCCGAAGCGCCUUAUUGGCAGAACAAGCCCCCUGGGAUUAGAGAAGACGGAUCAGUUGGCAGGACAGUACACAAGCCAGGAUACUGGUUCCCCUGCUGUCAUCAGUGGGGAACGCACGACAAGCUCGGGUGCAGGCUAGGUCCGCAUAGAGCUGCCGAUGGAGUGCGAGAGAAAGACCUCGAUGGCUGGAAAAGCUACGAGGCUUAUCAAAAGGCUAUGGGUGUACCAAACAAAGAGGACAUGUUGUCAUGGGAGGCUCAUUGCAUUGAUCUUCGAAAGCAAGCCUCGAUGGCAGCAGAGUCGGAUUUCGAUGCGGAGGAGUCGGACUCUGCUUCAGAAUCAGAUAUAGAGGAGUCGGACUCCACUCCAGCCACGGAACAGUCGGACAAGUCUAGAGGUACUCCAGCUACGCAGGAACCAGCCACCUCGAAAACCACCCAGAUCCCAGAGGUCGUCAUUACCAAUGGGGAAGGCGAUGAUGAAGAGGAGGGACCCAGCUGGGUCGAUGAGUGUGACAAAGCUGGCCGGAACUUUCCUGACAUUACGGAACUGCCUAGGAAAAAAAGGCGCGCCUUGUUGAGGGCUCAAGAGAUCGCUUUUCGGGAGGCCUUCCCUACUCGAGAGGCCUAUGAAUCCCAUUGUGGACCUCUUCUGAAUCACCAGACCUUGACGGCCCCGGUGGAGGUACACACGAUGGUAUCGUAUACCAGUGGCCUGGGCUCAAGUGAUCUCAAGCGACAGCGAGAAGAAAGCCCGGGAACAGAGCGGAGGAAGGGAAAAAGAACUGAUUGA